GCAAAAUUAAACCGGACAAACCUGCAAACUGCGAAAAGUGCAAGCGUCCAUCCCUAUGGCUGCCACCGCUGCCAUCAUCUUCUUCCUCUCCGCCAUGGCCAUCUCUGUCCGCGCAGCUGUUGUGGAGCACACCUUCGUUGUGAGCCAGGUGAAUAUGACACACUUGUGCAAGGAGACGCUUGUCACCGUGGUGAAUGGGCAGCUCCCAGGACCUGCAAUAGAGGUGACGGAAGGAGACUCGGUGGCCGUCCUUCUUGUUAACAAGUCACCCUAUAAUAUAACAAUCCAUUGGCAUGGAGUGAAGCAAUGGCUGAAUUGUUGGGCUGAUGGGGUGCCAAUGGUCACGCAACGCCCGAUCCUGCCGAACCACAACUUCACCUACCGGUUCAACGUCGUCGGUCAAGAAGGCACCCUCUGGUGGCAUGCUCACGUCCCAUUCCUCCGGGCAACCCUGCACGGUGCUCUCAUAAUCCGGCCGAGACAUGGGGCCAUCUCCUAUCCAUUUCCAAAGCCUGAUAUGGAGGUUCCCAUCAUUAUAGGGGACUGGUGGCAGCUGGACCUUCCACAGGUGUAUCGGAGCAUGAAGAAUGAUUCCUUUGAUUUCUUCGCUAGUGGUUCCACAAUCAAUGGCAAGCUUGGAGAUCUUUUCAAUUGCUCCGGUGUGCCGGAAGGUGGCUACGUGCUCGACGUUGUGCCUGGCAAGACCUACCUGCUACGAGUAAUCAACGCCGGUCUCUUCUCAGAGUUCUACCUAAAGAUAGCUGCGCACAAAUUCACAGUGGUCGCUGCCGAUGCCAACUAUGUCAGCCCCUACACCACGGAUGUCAUCGCGAUCGCGCCUGGCGAGACGGUGGACGCACUGGUUGUUGCCAAUGCAACCCCGGGCAGGUACUACAUGGUUGCCAAGCCCAACCAGGCGCCACUGCCGGACACCCAGACCCCAGAAUUCACUACUAGAGGGAUGGUGCAGUACAGAGUCAACCACAGCUCCAUGACCAAUGGUGCAGCAGCACUAAGGUCAAGACGUGGCGCAAAAGAAGAAGAAAAUGAUGAAGGUCCAUCAGGUGAUGUGGCAUUAGCUCCUCAGAUGCCUGACAAACAUGACACGGUUACAUCAUUCUACUUCCACAGCAACUUGACGAGCCUGUAUCACCUGACGGUUCCUCAGCAAGUGGACGAGAACCUGUUCCUAGUGCUUGGCCUCGGCUCAAUCUGUAGGAAUGGCCAGCAGUCCUGUAACAGGGGUGGUAAAAAUAAUGAGAGUAUCACUGUCGCAACCAUGAACAGCGUCUCCUUCCAGCACCCCACGGCGAAUCUGCCACUACUAGAAGAGCACUAUUACCACUCGGGUCUCAUAGAUGUAGUGCAAGAACUUCCAGAUGGGCCACCGAGGGCGUUCAACUUCACUGACAAAGCCUUGAUUCCAUUUGGACCAAAGGAGUUGCGGCUAGAGCCGUCGUCCAAAGCCACAGCGAUGCGGCGGUUCCAGCACGGAGCCGUGGUGGACAUCGUGUUCCAGAGCUCGGCGAUUCUGCAGGGGGACUCCAACCCAAUGCAUCUACAUGGUCACGACAUGUUCCUGCUUGCAGAGGGGCUUGGUAACUACAACGCAGCGAAAGACGUAGAGAGGUACAACCUGGUGAACCCACCAGUGAAGAAUACCGUUCUCGUCCCAAAUCUUGGAUGGGCUGCCGUACGAUUUGUUGCAAACAAUCCAGGGGUAUGGUUCAUACAUUGCCACUACGAGUUUCAUUUGACGAUGGGUAUGGCGGCAGUGUUUCUUGUAGAGGAUGGUCCAACUGUGGACACAUCUCUUCCUCCACCACCUUCAAAUUUUCAAACGUAUCGUGACUGCGACGACAAUGUCCUGCCAGAUGAAUUGUGCCUCCAAACAAAGAAAUCUGAAGCCUCAAUGGAGUCUACAAGAUAACCUCAACAUCGAGAUUCCGAAUAAACUACCAGGGUGGCCCAAGAUUUUUUUCCUAGUAUCAAGACUCAAUUAUGCAUAUGCUUGUGUCAUUCUGAGACGGUGUCAGUAGUCCACCGGAGGUAAUACCUGUGGUGGUAGAUUGUUUAGAAGGGUUCACCGGAUAUGGACUUUGAUGGUAUCGUAGAGAUGUAAGAUUUUAAGGGUGCGUUUGGUAGGGUUUCAGAUUUUUUAGAAACGUUUCAGAUCUAGAUUAUCUCUGGAAAUGUUUCUCAAGUGAAUCAGAAUCACUUUGUGUAAUCGUUUGGCUAGCUGGCUGGAUUCUUUGAAACUAGAACUAGAAUCAGGCGAAACACCUAAAAUGUUGUUUCUCUCUUGUAGGUCAAAAAGAAGAAAUGUUUCUCUCCAA